AUGUAAUAAGAAGCAGAUUAUAAUUAAGAUGAAAAAUAAGUAUACUAACUGAGGUAGUAAAUUAUUUGUUACAAGCAAGUUUAAAGAAAUCACCACAUAGAAAAUGAAAAAUUAAUGUUUCCAUACAGCAAAGACUAGUGGGAGGCAGAAAGGGAAAAGAUAUUCCAGAAUUCGAUUCAAUAUUUUCAUGACAAAAUCGAUAAAAAUGAGGAACUAAAAUCCAUUUUUAGAGACCGAUACCCAAAGCUUAAAUUGGAUCAGACUUGUGAUGAUAUGUCUUUAUUUAGUGAACGAAUGCAAGGGUAUCUAGAAAAGAGGAGAUCGGAUAUAGAAUAGGAGCUAAAGAAAACCCACCAAAAUGAUCCAAAAUAUGUGAGUUUGAAAAUUGAAUUACUGUUUAUAAAUUCAAAGGAAUUUUAUUUGAAAGUUAAAGAGUCUAUCUUGAAUCCAUUAUUGUAGGAAGAAAAUUAGGCAGUAUUGUAAUCAAGGAUGCUGGAAAGAUUAUUAUUAGAUAGAAAUUAUUUUAAAAGAGACAAGCCUUAGAGAAGGGCAGAGAGCAAGUUGUCAGACAAAUUUGAAUUAAGUAUGAUACGACACGAAUAGGCAAGAAGGAAGAAGAUAAAAUAAAAAGAGUUCAUGUCAGCAAUAUUUGCACAUCAGAUUGAGUUUAUGGAAUUUCAUAGAAAGAAAUACAAACAUGCUAGAAAACGAAGUGUUUAGUUUAAGGUUGUAUUGGAAUAAAGAGAAUAAUAAAGAGAUAAACAGAUGAGAAUGGAGCACAUCCGAAGAGGAAAUCUAGAAACUUAUAUUUAAGUUUUGGAGAAGUUGGAUGAGGCUAAAAAAGAGAGAGUAGUUUCCAUUUUGAGAUAAACAGAUCAAUUUUUAAAAGAUAUAGGGGCGAGAGUGAAGAUUUAAAAGGGUGAAGAAAUUAUGGAGGAAGAUGAAGUCAUUGAAAAUAUGAAUUCGAGCAAUGGUUUGGGGUAUGAAUUAAGUUAAGCUAAUAAAGUAUAUUAUAAUAUAACUCAUAAAAUAAAAGAAGUAAUAACACAAUAGCCAACAUUAUUGGAAGGAGGAUAAUUGAAAUAAUAUUAAUUAUAAGGAUUAGAUUGGUUAGUAAGUUUGUAUAAUAACAAUUUGAAUGGUAUUUUGGCUGAUGAAAUGGGUUUGGGUAAGACAAUCCAAACAAUCUCUCUCUUAUGUUAUUUGAUAGAAAUAAAAAAGAAUUUUGGACCAUAUUUCAUUAUUGUACCUUUAUCAACUUUGAGUAAUUGGUCCAAUGAAUUUGAGAAAUGGGCUCCCUCAAUUAAAAAAAUUACUUAUAAGGGUUCUCCUUAAAUAAGAAAGGAAAUAUCAAAAUAAAUGAGAACAACUAAAUGGAACAUAUGUCUAACUACUUAUGAAUACGUAUUAAAGGACAAGUUAACUUUAUCAAAAUAUGAAUGGAAAUACAUAAUAGUUGAUGAAGGACAUAGGAUGAAAAAUUCAAGAAGCAAAUUCGCAAUGAUCUUAGGAUAGUAAUAUCAAAGUGAAAGAAGAUUAUUACUUACAGGAACACCAUUACAAAAUAAUAUUGCCGAAUUGUGGGCUUUAUUGAAUUUCUUGUUACCAAAAGUGUUUUCAUCUUGUGAAGACUUUGAAAAAUGGUUCUAAACUCCAUUAAACAUAAUGGGAGCAAGCGAGAAGGAUAUUUAAUUAGAUGAAGAAGAAUAAUUACUUAUUAUUAAUAGAUUGCAUUAAGUGCUUAGACCAUUCUUAUUAAGAAGAGUUAAAAAGGACGUAGAGAAAGAAUUGCCUAGAAAAACAGAAUAUGUUAUUAAGAUAAAGUUAUCAGCUUGGCAAAAGAAAAUAUAUGACUAAAUUAAUUAAAGAGGAGUUAUGACCUUUGAUUAAUAAUCAGGGAAGAGUGGAUCUUAAGCAUUAUAGAACUUGAUGAUGUAAUUAAGAAAGAUUUGUAAUCAUCCCUAUCUAUUUAUGUUGAAUUUGGAUAUGAAUAGAGUCACAGAUGAAAUUUGGAGAUCCAGUGGAAAAUUUGAGUUAUUGGAUAGAAUUAUACCUAAAUUGUUAUACUUUAAACAUAGAUUACUAAUAUUUAGUUAAAUGACAUAAUUAAUGGAUAUAAUGGAAGCAUUUUUUGAGUAUAGAGGAUGGAGAUAUUUGAGAUUGGAUGGAUCAACUAAAUCAGAAGAUAGAGAAUCUAGAAUUCAAUUGUUUAAUUAAGAAAAUUCAAUCUAUAAUAUCUUCUUAUUAAGUACAAGAGCUGGUGGAUUGGGAUUGAAUCUAUAAUCUGCAGAUACCGUUGUAUUAUUUGAUAGUGAUUGGAAUCCAAUGAUGGAUUUAUAAGCAUAAGACAGAGCGUAUAGAAUUGGAUAAAAAAAUGAGGUUAGAGUACUCAGAUUGAUUACAGCUACAUAAAUUGAAGGGAAUAUUCUCAGUAAGGCUGAACACAAAAUGGGGUUGGAUGCGGUUAUCAUUUAAGCAGGAUUGUAUAAUUAAAGAUCAACUGAUCAAGAAAGAAGGGAACGCUUACAAGAUUUCUUUAGACAAAAGAAUAAAGUGGACUUGUUUGAAGCAGAAGAGAUUCCUGAUGAUACUUAAAUUAAUGAAUGGAUAGCAAGAAGUGAAGAAGAAUUUGAGAUGUUUAAUGAAUUGGAUAGAUAGAGGUAUGAACAAGAAAAAUUGAUUUAUAAAAACUUUAAUGAGAACAAGGAUGAUCAAUAUUAUAAUUAUAGAUUAAUUUAAGAUGAUGAAGUUCCAGAAUGGAUUACAUCUAAAUAAAAUGAAGUUCAGGAGGUUAAAGAGUAUGGCAGAGGUUAAAGAGAAAGGAAAUAAGUUGUUUAUUACCUUCCUGAAGCCUCUCCAAUCCUGGAAGAAUAAUAAGAUGAUAUGAAUGAAUUAGAUUUUAAAAUGGAUGAUUAAAUAGAUAUUGAAUAAAACCAAGUGUUUUAAGAUGAUCUUGAUUUACCAAAAAUCUAGAGAAAAACAAAAAAAUUAAGAUAAGUAGAUAACGAUGAAGGCAACAGUAAUAAUUUUGAUGAAAAUGAACCAAAACUAAAAAGUAAACGUAAACUUAAUUGAUAAUUACAAUUUAUUCAAUUUAUUCCAAACAAAAUAUAUAAAAA